AUGCUGAGUAUAGGAGAAAGCCUUCUGCUUUUUGCAGCAAUUAGUGAAUCAAUACUAGGGACUAUCGGGAAUGGAUUUAUUGGAAUUGUGUAUUGCAUUGACUGUGUGAAGAACAAGAAACUCUCUAUGAUUGGCUUUAUUCUCACUGGCUUAGCUACCUCCAGAAUUUGUCUGAUAUGGCUAAUAAUUAUAGAUGGAUUUAUGAAGAUCUUCUCUCCAGAUAUAUACAUCUUUAGUGGUUUAAUUGAUUGUGUUAGUUACUUAUGGGUAAUUAUUUGUCAAUUAAAUAUCUGGUUGUCCACCAGCCUCAGCAUAUUCUAUUUGUUGAAGAUAGCACAUUUUUCCCACCACAUUUUCCUCUGGUUAAAGGGUAGAAUCAAUAGGGUUCUUCCACUUUUGAUGGGAACCUUGUUCCUUUACUGGUUACUUAUUUUCCCACAAAUUGUGAAGAUUAUUAAUAGUAAAAGCACGGAAAACAAAAAUAUCACCUUGUAUCUUUCUAAGCCGCCCCGUGAAUUCUUGAUCCACCAGUUUCUAUUCAACCUGGGAAGCAUCAUUUUCUUUACCCUAACCCUGAUAACCUGCAUCUUGUUGAUGGUUUCCCUCUGGAAGCACCAAAGGCAGAUGCGAGAAAACUUCACCGGAUCCCGAGACCAGAGCACAGCGGCACAUAUGAGAGCCAUGAAAAUUGUGUUAUCUUUCAUCAUCCUCUUUGUCUUGUAUUUUAUAGGCAUUGCUAUAGAAAUAUCAUGUUUGACUGUACCCCAAAACAAACUGCUCUUUAUUUUUGGCAUGACCACUGCAACCAUCUAUCCAUGUGGGCACACAUUUAUUUUAAUUCUAGGAAACAGUCAGCUGAAGCAGGCCUCUUGGAGAUUCCUACAGCAGUUGAAGUGCUGGUAA